GCUGAGAACACUGAUGGAAUCACCCCUUUGCCCUUCUGCCCUUCCACCAUCUUAGGACUGAUCCGUCUUCGGACUGAUCCGCAUUCCUGCAUGCGGAUGACCAAGAUUGCGACGCACAGGUGGCACCGCCGCAGGUUGCCCUCGGUCCUGAUUGGGCUUUUUGAAAGCCCGCAUUAACCGACCCUUUGUUGAUUGGCUGAGACGCCACUAGCGCUGAAUCUGGGCCGUCAGUGGGGGCGGUGUGCUCAGCCGGUUUUGAAGCCCGCGCGGGUAUGAUUGGCCAAAUCUGCGGCAACUCGGAACUUGGCGUGCCACACGGUUUUGUCUUUCCGGAUCGGGCAGCCAACACCUCACCCUUCGUUCCCGGCCCAUUUUCCAACACCCCGUCGCCCCCCAACCCUGGUCCACCACGACGACCCUUCACUCUGUCUCAUCAAGAAUCAUCGCCCACUCACAGUCACCGUUCUACAUUCGGCAAGCGACAAACCUCCAAACCAACCCGCUCAAUUACUAUACCCGAUCUUCAAAAUGUUCUGCAACAUACCCCUCGUCUAGAUGGCUCUCAGCGCGAACUCGACAUCCGCGUGUCACAAUCUCAGAAAGCAUACCCUCUCUCCGGUUCUCGAUCUUGGUCUCCUCCUCUCCCGUACUCACCCGACCCAUCCCUCACCUUCACCCUCGCCCUCACCCUCACGUCCCUACACAAAUCCCCAGCUCCCGGCAGCCGGAGAAUGGAGGAUCCCGACAGUUGUUGGACAUGGCCCUUCUGGAAGUUUGGGCUGAAGAAGGACGACCUCUUCGGAACGCUGCACGAUCAAUAUAACACGGUCCCCUCCCCGAUCCUCGACCCCGAGGCCUUUCACCACGAUGUCUACGAGAUCUCGCAGCAAGCCGGCUCCGCCGACGAGUUCCACCAUCUCCUCCACAACCGCAAGGAACAACGCCUGCGCGAGCUGAACGAGACGCUCGAGUCCGCCGCCUUUGAGAUUAUCGCCAACCCUUCGCUCAUCGGCACCGAGCAAUGGCAGCACGCCGUGCAGCUCUUCCGGACGAAGUCGCUCGAUUCCCUCGUGCGUUACUACGCAUCCUAUCUCCCGUCCGACCACCCAUGGUACAAGUCGGAUUCCGCGUCCAGCUCCGAUGCGGGCAGCAGUGUUGGCUCGCUCACGGACUCGCACGCCUCGUUCUUCGAGGACGAGGAAGUCCACAUCGUCGAUGAGCCGUUCGAGUACCCGAGCUUUCCCCAGCAACACAUCCCUGCCUCGCCUCGGUCGAUGACCAUGUGCUCCGACUCGUCUGUUGCUUCGCCAAUUGGUGAUGCUCAUCACGAGUUCGACUUUGAACACGCAACGCCUGCGCGCUCUCUGUCCUUCUCGGAAUCCGAGCCGGACUGCUGUGCGAUGGGCGGGUCAGACGCGCCGUGCGAUUGCGGACGCGACUCCGGUUAUCUAUCUACCUCUACCGCCGAGACCGCGAGGUCCGGUCAUGGUGUUGACAACAACGAUGCCAACACUGCCCACACUACCCCAUCAACCAAAUCACGCAAGGGAGAGGUCACACUCCCGCUACAUACAUCCGAAGUCACAGACUCGGAGACGCCGACGCCCAAACCAGAGGCGCAUUCGGCGUCCUUCUUUGCUGACACGAAACCAUCACCAAACCAUCACCGACGACAUCGCAGUCUCUCACCAUCCCGCCCGCAACCCUUGUCCCAACGCGACCUCGACGAAGUGCUCGUCGCCCACCGAGACCCGCGCCAUCCGCAACGGUCAAAGCCCAGUCGGAGGGAAAGGGAAUGCAGCCCGGCGGUACAGCGGAGGAGGAGAGGCAGCCCGGCGGAGUCCGGCGCAAGGAUACAGAAACCGCUCGCCGAGACGGCGCGGUCAAGAACACGGGGACGGAAGUGGGCCGAGGGCAGCUAGCACAGACGGCGGCGUUUAUGGCGUUCAGGAGGCUUGGUGGAUUGGCGCGCCGAUACCCUCUGGACAAAUGUCCUGUUGUACAUAUUUUUGCUUGUUUAUGACGGUAAUGUUUCUACACCCCAGGGUCAUGAUACGUUUUGGUGUGAUACGAUGCU